AUGUUUGGUUGCAGCAAAGUCUCACAGCAGCGCGCUUCUGGUAACUUGUGGGUGGCAACUUCCGCGCAGCAGCUUCGGCAGCAGGAGGACUCGAUUAGGUUGGGUCUUCGUGGUCGACUCCCUCACUCCACGAAGGACGGCCCCGAAGGUUCCCCGGCUCGCGUGGCGGUGUCUGGCCGUCACAGCUCCGCCUUUGCCGCGGCUCUCAGGGCCACUCGUCAGGAGGCCAUUGCAGCCCCGGUGGACUCUUCAGCGCACGGUGCUGAGGAGCUCACUGCACUUUUUGCCGAAGCUCAGAUCCAACUGGCUGUGCUUGCGGAUGCCUCGGCCAGUGAAGCCAGCAAUGUUCAAGAGGCUGCUCGACGGCUCGGUGCCAGCACUGUUUGUGCGAACACUCUCGCCGUCGAAGGAAGCUCAAUGAUGCCAGCGGACGCAAUCCCGCAGGGACUGCCAAAGGACUCCGAAUCUUCCAUGUUGCUCUUCGCACAUUGCUCCGCCCUGGGGUCGAGUGCACCUAGGGCAGCCGAGGUCGAUAGACUUGCACUCAGUGCCCGUAUCUCCAGGUCCACUGCGGCGUGGGCGUUCUCUGCCGAGGACACGGUUUUGUCCCUUGGGCUCGAAGCCGGUUCCGCCGCUGCAGUCGUGGAUGCCGUGGAGGCACCACUGGCUUCGGGUGCUCAUGUCGUCUGUUCAGCGGCAGAAUCCGUUUGGGAUCUCUGGUCCGCCAUUGAAGAGGCCAAAGAAGCCUCGGUGGUGUUCGUUGACUCGGAGUGGUGCUGGAGCAUGGCAAACAGCUACGACUCCCUUGCGGCCCCGCUACGGGAAAGUCUACGUUCUCGGUUUCGGGAGAAGCCAUUUCGACACUUUGUGGCUGCUGCGCCUGCGGGAACUGUCCUCUCGCAGGACUUGGCGGCGCGCUGGCGUGAAAUCUUCAACUGCCCGCUCACAUGGCACUUUAGUUGUGCCGAGGCAGCUUCAUCCAUGGCUCCCUUCCUGCAAGCUUGGCUCAUUCCCUUCUUCGCGUCGGUGGUGGCUGCGACGUGGAAGCCUUCGACCGAGGCAGCAGUGCAGCUGCCACCUCGAGGCACACCUCUUCCGGAGGUACCUGCUUUCCGCUCCUCCGAUGGCGUGCUCAAUUGCACGCUGAGGCUACGACCGGCACGGGUGGUGGGGCCAAAUAUCAGCUUCGUGACGCGGAUAUACAACGAUUUCAUCCCGGGACCCACGAUUAUGAUCAAGCCGGGCGACAGGCUCUUGAUCACUGUGCAGAACGAUUUGCAGGCUCCGCUGGGCAUGACUGCCAACGACAAAUACCAGCUCCCCAACACCACCAAUCUACACGUUCACGGACUUCAUGUGUCACCCAAUGCGCCGGCGGACGAUGUCUUUGGCACGGUCCUGGGCCCGGGCGAUUCCUUCAUGUACGACUACAAGCUCAUCGCAGAUCACUCUCCUGGUACAUAUUGGGCGCACCCUCAUCAUCACGGAUCCAACGUCAUGCAGGCGGGUGCUGGAGCUGCGUCGGUGCUUGUGGUGCAGGAUCCACCAGGCUUCCUCUCAACUCAGCUGGAGACAUUGCCAGAUCACAGCCUGAUGUUGCAGAACUUGCCUCUGCCGCUGUUGACGGCAGCUGCGAAGGCAUCUGGGGACCAGCUCUUCCAGAGCUCACCACAGGAAGACCUCUGGCUGGUGAAUGGCGCAGUGCAGCCCGUUCUUACAGUGACCUCAACCCAGUGGCACCGCUUGCGCUUGGUAAUGGCCGGUGUCUCUGAUUGGCUCUUCUUGGACUUUGGAAGCUGCGAGACAGCGCUGCUUGCAAAAGACGGCAUUUACAUUGAUGACUUCCCGCGCUGGAUAUCCCGUGUGUCCCUGCCACCUGGUGGACGAGCAGAUCUAGUCGUACGCUGUCCAGGUAGUGAGGAAGGUACCAAUCAUGCCGUAGCUUCUCUUGCCAGCCCCGGAAACGGGGUCAAGUCCUACGUGGGUCCCCUGUUUUCCAUCCGCUCCGUCGAGUCGCAACUCGAGGGAUCCAAAAUGGAGGACUUGGUCCCCUGGCGUCCUCGGAGCCGGCCGACGUAUUUGCAGGACCUUAGCGGUGACCUGACGAGCCCGGACUGCAGCUGCAAGACUCCACUGGGACAGGGGGUUCACACUCGUUGGAUUGAUGGCCACCUCUUCGAAGGUGCCAAGAAAUACUUGCAUCAGUGGCCACGCGACGCUGUUGUGCAGCGCGAGAUUUCUGGGAUUGACAAGCACAGCUUUCACCAGCACACCUGGCCAUUUCAACUGCAGAACACGCCUGCCGGCAGUGACCCUUACUUCAAGGCCGGCGACUGGCAUGACACUUACCAGAACGUUCUUGACUCCAAGGCUACUGUCCGCUUCAGCACAGUCGAUUUCGCUGGCCCGGAAGUGGUGCAUUGCCAUGCUCUGGCGCAUUCGGAUCAGGGGAUGAUCGGAGCAGAGAUCGUUGCAGGACGGGGUCGGGACGCUUGUCACUGCGACCUCCUCGGAGAGGCGCAGCCAGUGGAUUUCGUGGCAGACGAACGAAGCCAAAGCCUGCUGCUAGUGGCAGGCCUGCUGUUCAUGGCGAUGUCUCUGCUUCUUCUGGGAAUGCUUCGACAGGUCGUCCGCUCGGCGCGAUCACUGUCGGAUGCGUACAGCACGCUUCCAGACGGGCCUGAGAGUGCGUGA